GCAGAAGAAAAUUAGCAAAUCACGUCACAGCAGCAAUCAUAAUGUUGUCUCAACUUUUCCUACUAAUAACAGUGGUCAUUUGUUUAAGUGCCACACUCAGCUUUGCAGAUAAUGUGGAGGUGCAUUCAGAUGUUGACACUGCUGCAGAAAAUGAGGAAGAGAGAAUAAAGAGAACCGGAGUAACUAAAACACACCAGUAUGACGAGUAUCACAGUAGAGGUUGCAGUGAUCCCGGCACACCAGAGUUUGGCUACAGUUUCUUCCACUCGAGACAUGUUGGAUCUGUAGUCAUACACAAGUGCAAAAGUGGUUACAAAUUGGUUGGAUCACAAAUGCGCGAAUGCAAGCAAACAGGACAUUGGUAUCCUGGACUUCCAAAAUGUGUUCGUGUAGGCUCAUCAAGUGGCUCAAAAUUAUGCAAACACCCUGGGAUGUUGGACAAUGGUUUUGUUCUUGUGUCCUCCACACAUGUUAAUUCUGUCAUCAAGUACAAGUGUAAUGAAGGCUAUCGACUGGUAGGCAACAAUUACAGAGUAUGCCGACCAAGUGGAGAAUGGUCAGGAAAUGAACCAAGAUGCAUUGCUCAAGGCUGUCAAAACUUGCCUAAGCCACAGAAUGGGAAUGUAGAGGUUACAAGUACAAGGAUAGGAGCAGUAGCCACAUAUUCCUGCAAUGAUGGGUUCGCACUAGUUGGUAAUAAGAACAGAGUUUGCCGACCGCAUGGACAGUGGUCAGGUGUUGCCCCCAGUUGUCAAGAGAUUAGCUGUGGAACAUUGGCUGAUCCAAAAAAUGGCAAUGUUAAAUUCUCAUCUACCAGUGUUGGAUCGACUGCAGAGUACAGCUGCAGUGCUGGUUUUCUUCUUGUUGGAGAUAAAAUAAGAACCUGUCAGAGCAACAGGGAAUGGUCUGGAAUGGCACCAGUUUGCAGACCUUUAAGUUGUGGACGGCUUGAAUCGCCUCAAAACGGCAAAGUCAUCAUUUCUGGUACAACUCCAGGCUCUGUGGCAACCUACAGUUGUAAUCAAGGAUUCACAUUAAUGGGACAAUACAAGAGGACCUGUCAAGUCAAUGGGGAAUGGUCAGGAAGCACACCAAACUGCAGACCCAUUUCAUGUCAAAGCCUUAGUGCUCCAAAUAAUGGUCAAAUCCAAUUCUCAUCAUCUUCUGUCAGCACUCAGAGACCAGGAGACAAAGCCACUUACAGCUGCUUUCCUGGUUUCAGUCUUUUAGGAACAAGAAUCAGAGUAUGUCAACAAGAUGGAACUUAUUCUGGGCAGGCCCCAUCAUGCAACCCUAUUAGUUGUGGUAAUCUUAGAGAUCCUCCAAAUGGUCAGGUUGAGUUAACUGGAGUGAGAGUGGAUGACAAAGCUGUGUACAGCUGCAAUAGAGGGUUCGUACUGCAGGGAGCUACCACCAGGACUUGCCAAUUUAAUGGUGCAUGGAAUGGACAGGAACCAAUCUGCAGACCUGUUGAUUGUGGCCAUCUCUCUAGUCCUAGCGAUGGGCAAGUCUCCGUUACAACCACUAAACUAGGAGGUAUAGCUAAAUACAGGUGCAAUGAUGGAUUUAAAUUGGUCGGUACUACUGUUAGAAGGUGUCUGGCUAAUGGCCAGUGGUCAAAGGAUGCUCCAACUUGUAAAAUUAACAGUUGUGGUGAGCUUGAAGACCCACAAAAUGGACGCGUGAGACUAACAGGGACUAGUGUAGGCUCUACUGCCAAUUAUUUCUGUAACAGAGGAUUUGUAUUGGAAGGCUUGGCCAGAAGGAUUUGUAGGAGAGAUGCCACUUGGUCAGGAACUGCACCAACUUGCAGACGUAUAACAUGUGAAAGUCUUGAUGAUCCAGAGAAUGGACAAGUGACUAUUUUGGGUGGGAGUGGACCAGGCUCUGUCGCUGUAUACAAGUGCAGCCCUGGCUUUGAAUUGGUUGGAGAUAGAAGGAGAGUUUGUGGAGAAGAUGGUCGCUUUUCUAGCUCUGCACCAAUCUGUCGCCCAAUAAUAUGCGAGGAUUUGGAUAAUCCAGCCAAUGGGAGAGUCCAAGUGAAUGGUAGGAGACCAGGAGCAGAAGCAAGAUACACAUGUGAUCCUGGUUUCAGGCUCAGUGGACAGAAACUGAGAGUCUGUCAGGAUGAUGGAAGCUUCUCUGGACAAGCUCCAACCUGUGAAGCUGUCAUUUGUGAACAAGUCCCACCCAUCGAGAAUGGCCAAGUUAGCGUAUCAGGGACACGACCAGGAGCAGUUGCUACAUACAACUGCAAUUCAGGAUUCAGUAUUGUUGGCCAGAGGAUUAGAAUAUGUGGAAAUGAUGGAACAUUUAGUGGUCAAGCACCAAUAUGUCAAAGGAUUGACUGUGGCCCAUUGGAUAACAUUAACAAUGGUCAUGUUUCCUUCAUUAGCACCAGUGUUGGCGCAGUGGCUAGUUAUACAUGUGACAAUGGAUUCAGGCUUGAAGGAGAGGCACAAAGGACCUGUCAACAAAGUGGGCAGUGGUCCGGAGUUGAGCCAACAUGCACAAUUGUUGAUUGUGGAGUACUCACACCUCCUCAGAACGGUGACGUCAUAUUCUCAUCGACAGCCUUUCGCUCAACAGCAAGUUAUCGUUGCAGACCUGGAUUUAGGGUUGUGGGGACUGAGACAAGAAUAUGUCAAGUAAAUGGAGAAUGGUCAAGCACUGCUCCUGUUUGUAAACCUCUUAAUUGUGUGACAUUGAAUAAUCCUGAGAAUGGUUUUGUGUCUGUUAGUGGCAGUACUGUUGGUGCCAUAGCAACAUACAGCUGCAAUCCUGGUUUUGAAUUGGCCGGCAGGAGAGUAAGAAUCUGUAGGAAUGAUGGACAGUACAGUGGAGUAGAGCCUAUUUGUAGAGCCAUUAGUUGUGGUGAAUUACAGAAUCCUCUUAAUGGAGUGGUCAACUUUGAAUCUACUACAGUUAGCUCAACAGCAACAUACAGUUGUAAUAAAGGAUUUGUUCUAUCUGGUCUAUCUACACGUGUCUGUCAGCCAUCAGGAGAAUGGUCAGGAGAAGCACCCACUUGCAUCAUCGUUAACUGUGGUGAGUUGAGGCCUAUUCCUAAUGGAGAUGUUACAUUUGCCUCAACUGGUUUUGGUUCCAUUGCAAGAUACUCUUGUGACUUUGGAUUCACUCUAGUAGGCUCAAAUACAAGAACUUGUCAAUUGAAUGGAGAAUGGUCUGAGAAGGAACCAUUCUGCAGACCUAUUGAGUGUGGUCCAUUGGACUCUCCUGAUAAUGGUAUUGUUAGAGUGGAAGGUACCACAGUUGGGUCUGUUGCUAAAUAUACUUGUAACCCUGGCUUUAAACUGAGUGGCUCUGAUAUGAGAACCUGCCAGGCUACAGGCGAAUGGUCAGGGAGUACUCCAGUCUGUCAAUCUAUUGAUUGUGGAAGCUUGCCAGAUCCAGAAUAUGGAACAGUUAAGCUCAGUGGAACAACAACAGGCUCAUUAGCAACAUACAAAUGCAACAAAGGAUUCAGACUAACUGGUAGUACCACCAGAGUAUGUCUCAAUACUGGAGAAUGGUCACUACAAGCUCCAACUUGUGAACCUGAAGACUGUGGACCAUUGGAUGAUCCAAAGAAUGGUAAAGUGGAUGCAUCAGGUACAGCAUUCUGGGACACUGCUACGUACACAUGUAAUCCUGGAUUUGACAUCAUUGGUGAAUCCAUAAGGACCUGCCAAGAGAACGGACAGUGGUCAGGUGUCGCUCCUUUCUGUCAAUCUGCUACUUGUGAGUUGCUGAGUUCUCCUAAAAAUGGACGGGUUAGCUUCACCGGAGUGACAAUUAAUUCCGAAGCAACAUACACCUGCUUUCCUGGAUUCAUACUUAUUGGAUAUGAGAUCAGAACUUGCCAGAACAAUGGACAAUGGUCAGGUCAAGAGCCACAUUGCAGAGCCGUCAGUUGUGGCCCAUUGGAUGAUAUAGAGAAUGGUCAAGUGAUUGUUAGUGGCUCAGAUGUGUUCUCCAUAGCAACAUACACCUGUAGUGAAGGGUUUGGAUUAGUUGGCGUUAGCUCAAGGAUCUGUGAAACUAAUGGAGUUUGGUCCGACUCUCCUCCAGUUUGUGAACCUGCUGAUUGUGGACAGUUAGAGUCACCAGCCAAUGGUAUGGUAGAGACUACUGGUACAAAGUUCUAUGACACUGCAGUAUACAGUUGCAUGCCUGGCUAUAGGCUACAAGGUGAUGACUCACGUACUUGCUCAGAGAAUGGCAAAUGGACUGGUACAGCACCUAUCUGCAUUGUUAUUGAUUGUGGUAAGCUUCAGUCUCCUGCAAACGGGCGAGUUGAAUUCUCGUCAACAUCAUUCAGAUCUGUAGCAAAUUAUUUCUGUGAUGAACCAUUUGAGUUGGUAGGAGAUCACACCAGACUCUGUCAGGCUGAUGGGCAGUGGUCAGGCGAGGCACCAACUUGCCAGAGUGUUACAUGUUCAAAGUUGACAGCUCCUGCUAAUGGAGAAUUGGAAUUGACACAGGGAAAUCUUGCUGGCUCUAUAGCUUACUAUAGCUGUAAUCAAGGGUUCAAAUUGGUAGGAGAUAAAGAGAGGAAGUGUCGAGAAACUGGAGAAUGGAGUGGCACUGAACCAACUUGCCAAGGUCUCCAUUGUGAAGUACUUGAUGACAUAGAAAAUGGUGCUGUCUCCCUGACUGGUACAACUGUAUCAUCAAUAGCAACAUACAUCUGCAAUAAAGGCUUUGAUCUGAUUGGCAAAAACACAAGAGAAUGCUUGAGUAAUGGUGUGUGGUCUGGAGUUGAACCACUAUGCCAAGCUGUUGGAUGUGGUCCUCUUGAUCCUCCACAGAAUGGGAUUGUUGUCUUUUCUGGUAUUAGUGUUGGUGAUACAGCUACUUACAACUGUAAGCAUGGAUUCCAGUUGAUAGGUGCUGGCACUAGAUUGUGUCAAGCAAAUGGACAAUGGAGCGGUGAAGCACCAACAUGCAGCUCAAUUGAUUGUGGCCCUCUGACUGAUCCCAGUAAUGGUAAAGUUACAUUUGAUGGUGCAAGUGUUGGAUCAUCAGCCUCAUAUACUUGCAAUGAGGGAUACAUCUUAAGUGGGAAUCAACGUAGGCAGUGUCUCCGCACUGGAGAAUGGACCGGAAGUGAUCCAAUAUGUAGAAUUAUUAACUGUGGCCCACUUUCUGAUCCAACUAAUGGUAAAGUGAGAGUCCCCAGUAGUAGGUUUGGCUCAAACGCUCGCUACAGCUGCUUCACUGGGUUCACUCUCGUUGGUUUGAGACUGAGACCUUGUCAGCUUGAUGGAAGAUGGGCAGGAAAUGCACCAAUUUGUGAAGUCGUACGUUGUACUGUUCUACCAAAGCCUGCAAACGGUUUAGUGACAAUCACUGGUACAACUGUUGGCUCAAAGGCUAGCUAUAGUUGUGAUAGAGGAUUUGAGCUAAGUGGAAAAGACAGUAGAUCUUGUAAUAGUGAUGGUACAUGGUCUGGUACUGAACCAGUCUGUAGAGCUAUUUCUUGUGGCACAUUGAUUGCUCCUGUUAACGGUCAAGUAACAUACACUACCUCUACUGUCGGCUCUGUUGCUACCUACAGCUGCAUGAAUGAUUAUUUACUAGUUGGAACAGGCAGAAGAACUUGCCAAGACAAUGGAGAAUGGAGUGGAUCAGCACCAGUCUGUAACAGUAAAGAAGUUGAUUGUGGUACUCUUCCUGAUCCAAACAAUGGACAAGUCCUGCUCUAUGGUACAAAGAUAGGAGACUCGGCUACAUACACUUGCUUUGUUGGGUUUAGUCUCUCCGGAGCUGAUAUUCGCUAUUGUCAAGAAAACGGACAAUGGAGUGGUGUUGCUCCACGCUGCAAUCCUAAUGACUGCCCAAGGUUAACUGCCCCUGAAAAUGGGGAAUUAAGAUACAUAGGCAGUGGAUUUGGAGAGCUUGUCCGCUACAGUUGCUUCCCUGGCUAUACACUAGUAGGUGCUGUUAGUAGGACUUGUAAGAGUGAUGGGCAAUGGUCUGGAGCAGCCCCAAUAUGCAGACCAAAAUCAACAAUAGCUCCUCCAACCCCAUCACCUGGCUGUGGUGAUCCUGGUGUCCCUGCCAAUGGUAGGAAAAUUGGUGAUAGUUACUCUGUGGGAUCAAUUGUCUACUAUGAGUGUAAUACUGGUUUCAGGCUAGUGGGACCUAGGAGUAGACUGUGUAGAUUUGAUGGGAAAUGGACCGACACUUUGCCUUCGUGUGUAGGAAAUGGACAAUGUGUUGGAGACAAGAAAGCCGAAGAUAGCUGUGGACAGCUUUGCUCCUGUGUAAAUGGCUACCUCACUGACUGUUGCAGGCUCCGUCACGACUUUGCAUCAUACAGCAAGGAAGAGAAAGAGCGAUACAUAAAUGCAGUGACCACAGUCUCUACUAAUCCAGCCUAUAAAUCAAAAUACGUUACAUUAUUAGAAAAAUACAAGUCCUCAUUCGAUACUCCUGCUCAAGAGAGUGAUCCUCAGUCCAGUCAGUUCUUUGUUUGGAACAGGUUCUUCCUUCUUGAGUAUGAGGACCUCUUACGUGAAGUUGAUUGCAGAAUAACAAUGCCGUACUAUGAUUGGACCAUCCUCAAUACUAGUCCAUACAUUCACCCAGUCUAUGAUGAUACAGUUGGCUUUGGUAAAUCUUCCCGCUCUUCUGAUAACUGUGUCAGUUCUGGUCCGUUUAAUUUCAAUGAAUAUUCACUGAUAGACUCAGCAGGUGGCGGCUGCCUUAAAAGAGAAUACUCAAAUAUGAAGUUCCCCAGUCGCGCUUUGAUUGAGCGCGACGUAUUGACAAGGCCAGCUUCAGAGUUUUCCGCCUUUCAACGCUCCCUUCAGCUCUUUAUACAUACCAAUGUACGUUGCUUUAUUGGAGGCACUAUGUGUACUACAGAUGCAGCCAAUGAUCCUCUCUUCCCCCUUCACUUGACAAUGCUUGAUUACUUGUUCAGUCGCUGGCAGAGUUUCGAUGAUUUGAGGCUCAAGGUUCGCUACUCAACUGAUAACAGUCCCCUUGCUCUAGCCAGUGAUUUCACUGUAGCACAAUUCCAUGACAACAGUAACCUACCCAAUGAUCUUGCAGUCUGCUACGCUGAGCCCCGAGUAAAGAACCACAUACCACCAGGCUUGUACUUCCUUACACAGUCCUUCUCCGAUGAUGCUGAUAAAAAAGAAGACAUUGAUAUUGCUUGUAUCGCUCAUGAAGAAUUUGUCAAUAGCGGACAAAGUAUGACAGCUGAUGAUGAAGCUUUUGUUAAUCGUCAGUGCUCAUAUGGUAGCAAAAAUAACGCAAAUUAACGAACAACAUUUGAAUAACUGCUCAUUUGUAAUGUAAUUUUAUUUUAUAGGCAAUUUUUCUGUUAAUAUGAACAAUAAAUUACUCUUUACAUACUUUUGUUAUAAUAAUAAGUUAUUUUUAUGAUGCCAGCAAAGUGUCAUGAUACAGUAUUGCUUUUGAUUAACAAUUUGCUUUUAUCAUGGUACUUUUUGAUUGUGAAUUGCAA